AUGUCAGAGUCACAGUUGAAAAAGGUCUUGAAGGAGAAUGAGGUUCUGAAGAGCCAGUUGGAGAGAUCAACUCAAAUCCUCAAGGUUUCAGACGCCUGCACCACUCUCCAGGACUUCUGUUUGAAGACAGCCGAUCCCUUCGUGCCGGGUUGGCAAGGAGAGAACGAGUGGACCAAGCCACUCAAGAACACUGGAUGCUCAGUGCUGUAA